UACAGGCUCUGUUGUAUCCUUGUUUAUCGUCUUUGGCAAUGAAUAUAUUCUUAUUAGUUAUUGUUGUUUCAUUAAAUAUCAGUUGGCUAGUAGUGUCAACGAUGCUAGCAACAGUAGAAAAACGUCGAGUAAUUUAGCAUGUAGUUCGCUUUAUUACUGUUAUCGUAAUUAGCAACAUUAGUGGUGUUGGCACCAACGGCUGAAUUAAGCUAACCUAGCGUCAGCUAUAGCAAUUAGCACUAGUGACAGUGUGCUAGCAUCUGUAGUAAGUUAGCUGUAGCAGAAGCAACAGCAGUGUUUAAAGCAGUUAAUCUAAGUACUGUAAAUAAAUGUAUGUAUAUAUCAGUGGCAGAAGUAAGAGAGAGUCAAAGAGGCAGCCAAAGCUGGGUUACCAACUGCUAACUCCUUGAUGUCCCAGGUGCACCCAGUGUCAGAUCCUGCACUGAGUGAAAAAUCAGAGGCGCCAAAGUGACUCAUUCUGAUGUGCACAAAGCUCAGGGUGCAAAGGGCAGAUGCUGCUGAUACUGGUGUCCCUUCUCUGCUGUGUCCAUGCGGCCGAGGCCUGUCUGCAGUGUGACCGCAGUAUCAGGCACCUACAUGAGGACUUUGUCCUGUCUGCUCCCACUGUGGACGACCAGAUUGAAAUGAAAAAGAUUUCUGAGCAUGCCUAUGUGACCUACAGAGAGACCAGUCUGGAACGAAAGGGAGUCAUUGAUCCCACCACUCUGUACAGAGCCAGAACUGAGUACCAGAGUGAAUUUGACCGCUUCUUGAAAACCCCGCACACUGGAUCUGUGACAUUUGAAGCUAUUCAGAUCCUGGAGAAGGGCAGAAAGAUCUUAGAAAAACACUUGGACACAUUCAUCCGUGAUGGAUUGUGCCCCAACAAGUGUGGGCUUUUGAAACGCAGAGUAAUGGAUUGCUUCUCUUGCCGCUACAAGAUGUACAUCUGUCCCUCUCCCUCUGGUCAGCAGGACUGCGGUGAGUACCCAUUGCAGGCAGAGGAGGGAGGCCAGGCAGUGCUGAACUGUUUCCUCCCGUGGCAUCGCCUUCUGUUGGGAAGAACAGAGUACCACUACUCCUGGGCCCCCGGAGAGCCGGGAACUAAAAAGCUGAACGCCAGUGACUUCAAAGCCUUGGUGGUGACAGACGACUCAUCUGUGGUCUUAAAUCAGCUGGAUGAGGAUGAGCAGGGAACAUAUCACUGCUCUCUGCAGGGCCGUGAUGGAACCAUCUUCUACCGAGUCACUUUCCUACUCACUGUCGCCUCUUUGUCCAACCAAACUCACCGACCUGUUGUCACUCUGCCCUUCCUGCCUCACGGAGACAACUACUCACCUUUUCAACCUACUGCGGGCCUGCUGGUGCCAGUCAUCGCCAUGGUUACCGCUCUGAGCCUGGCAGCGAGCGUAGGCCUCGCAGUCGUCCUGGGACUGAUGAUGAGUCAGAGGAGAGCUGCAGAGGCGCCAAGGAGAAGGAGGAAGGAGGGAAAAAAUAAACAAAACCCAGUGUGAUGAAGAUUUUUUACACAGUCAAUACACACCUUAAUGACAGGGAGGUUUUACUCACUUCAGCUGUGACAUUUCUCUCAGUGGCUGAAUAAAUUUCCCAGCACACAAUGCCAAGUCACGUCUAAAAAUGACAUGGAAGUGAGAAAAUAUUUGUAAAUGAGGCUUCAUAAAGCAUAAAGGGUGUGAAGAUGUUUUUGAUAAACAUGUUUUAAACAAUAGAACAAAUCCAAAACACUGACAUUGUGAAUCAUGGUGAAUCAAACACUAAGAUCUUGCUCAUAAAACAGAGCUCAGUGUUGUAAUAAAACCAGAGCGUACAAUACACACACACUUAAACACACCCACCAGAAGUCCCCCAGAAACUGCUCAACUUUCCGUAACAUUAAGCACCAGCUCGCCAGAACACAUUGGUGAUCUGACCCCAGCAGGGUCACGUUCCCCCUCAGUGGAGCGAUGGCGUUGUCACGUGGGCGUUUAUGAGAGGAGUCGGGGAUGAGGUAAAUCUCCUGGAUUACAGUGUUUUUUUGUUUUUUCCAGAGAUUAAUAGUCCCAGCCAUCCAAUUAAUCCUGGAUAAUCCCCCUGUGGGAGGAGGGGGCAGACGGGAAGGGGUGAAAGCUAGCAGCAGAUGUUUUCAUCAGGGUUUCUUUUCAUGUUUAUUUACCUAUAUAUUCAUUCAGAGAGUGAACAAGGGCUUUUUUGCGUUACUAAUAAUGUUAUUCUCAUUCUGAAGUCACCACAUCUUGCGACACCAUUGCCAGACUUUUUAAUUCUCUGUCUCCCUCUGCCCCCAGUGCGCUCUCUGUACAUUUUGAUGACGCAAGCUGAUUCAAAAAAUAGUCACCUCUGAUAUUUACACAAGUUCUGUCAUGAUCACCACCACCUCCUUGUCAUCAACUCUGCACGCUGGUCACAUGCCGUAUUUCCGCUCACUGUUUUUUAUCUGUCAUGACCUUGUGCUUUUGUCAGCACCUUGCUGGAUGUUGAUGUAAAUGUCAAACUUCCUGUGUCGGAGCAAAAAACGUCAUCAUCGUUAUCAACAAGAGUUAAUUCACACACAUCUCUCAGCAUUGUGUCAGGCUCUGAUGAGCUUACAUACUGUAGGAAAGAUGAUCUGAACCAAAUGAAAAUGAAAGCAAGUGACUGACAGAUGUAUGAGUCAGAGCAACCAGGAAUUAAAUACCUAAGUCACCUAUGAGAUCAGUAAUUGCUGCUCAGGUUUUUCAGGGAAAUUUCUAACAAACUUUUUGAAUCAGAGAUAGUUAGUGCGGGUCAUGACAAAUGUAACACGGCUUGUGAUGAUACAGUGUGAGGGUGUGUGUGUGUGGAUGUUGAGGCCUGCAUGGAUGGUGACAGGAUGUAUGUGCGGUGCAGUUUCCUGUCUGGCUGCUGAGGUGGGGGCGAAUGUUGAAAAAAGAAACCGUUCUUUAAGACUCCCUCACACAGAGACAGUCACGUCACGAUCUUCCAACCCGACAGACCUCGUCUUUUCACUGCGGGUUCAUAUGAGUGUGUUCAAGCCUAAAGUGCAGGUUGAGGCUACAGUAAAUGCACGCUCAGCAGCUCCACUGACAGCCGUGAUGAACUGUGUGCUCAAGUGUGUGUGUGUGUGUGUGUGUGUGUGUGUGGAUUGAAAUCGCAGCCUCAGCAGGGGGAGAGCAUGACAAAGUGGGAGUGCUGCUGAGGGGCCAGCAGGCAGCGGCGAGGGAGGAAAAGAAGGGAAGUGGGAACAUGAGGAAAGUGGAGUCAGAGGUUUGAGUGGGAGACGUAUGUGGGAAGGCAGAGUGCUUUGAAUGUGGGUUAUGAGGAAAUGAAGACAAAGACAUCAGAUUACACUUUGAUAUAAACUAUCCCACAUUGCACAUAAAGUAUGUUUCUCUGAGGGUUACAGAACAAUGAGUGUCCUCUAUCUGGGGGUGGAGAGACGUCUGAAAUAUCCUACCCAAUUAAAAUUACUGGAAUUAAAUAUUACUCAUGUAGAACUGAGACAAAACGCACAGAACAAGUCUCUUACAACAAAGUUAAAGAUCAUUAAAACCCCUUUUUGUUUAUUAACACUCUAAAAGCUAUUCUGCUUCAUCAGAAAUGUGUUUGAACACAUUUGAUUUAUAGCGGACAACACCGUCACCAACAACUGUCAUCACAUUUGGAUCCAAAUAUUGCUCAAUCUCGACUGGAGCACAGGUUUACGUAACAUCAUCCUUUCCAAACUGAGUCCUCCCCCUACUGUAAACCAGUUAGAUGAUCACACAGAUACAGAAAUGACCCAUGUAAAAUAAUCAGAAUUGCUCCAAUUUCAAUAGAAAAUGUGAGGUUCUUAUAGGACCCUAACAGUCAUGGGUGUCUUGGGUGAUCCAAUCACAAGCAGACAGCACUAAGGGUGCUUUCAGACCUAGAGUUGUCUUGCUUUGGUCCGAAUCAGGGACUAAUUUUGUUUUGUAUAAUUGCCUAGAGUUGGGUCGUGUUCUCACAGCAGCAUUUACAAGUGGACCUGAGCGAGAAAGCUGCUCUUGAUUGGUCAGAAUUUCCAUGCGGGAAAACAAUGUUUUGAUGCAUUGGAUGUGCUGAGUGUGCAUAUUAAGGCAGUACAGGAGGAGGUGCACAUUAAUAAUCCUCCAGGACUGUAACACGCUCAUGUUUAACCCAAACAAUGUGUCAUGUGACUGCAGUUGGUUUGGAUCCAGGUCGGAACACGUUCUCACCACAAACAAACCGCACCAGAGUUCGUUUGUAACCGGACCGAGACCACCUCUUCAAGAAGGUCUCGGCCCGGAUGUUUUGGUGCACAUACGAGUGCGAUUGCUGUGUUCACACCUGCACAAACAAACCGCACUUACCGAACUGAACUCGAGUUCGAUUGAACUGAGCCAAACAGGGCAGGUGUGAAAGCACCCUAAAUGAUCCAGUCACUGAAACCACUUACGGAGGUGUUCUGGGACACAUUUGACCUCAUGUUUUUUUGUCAGUGUAUCCUGAUGCAUCCCCAACAAGGAUUAUGUCAUCAAUGCAGGACAUUAUUGUUGUUAUGGUGACAGUGACAAUGCUCUGCAUCUUGCUCAUUUGACGACAAGUGAGACAAAGUUUUGCAUGACCGUCCAUCGUUUUGUCCAAUUGGAGGAGACAUGUUGGAUUCUACUGACAGAUAUCUCCAGCUGGGCUGACAUAACCGCUAACGUUACUAGCAAGCAUGCUAGCGAGUGUGGGCAUAAUAACUACGCAUGGGACUCUUUGACUUUUCUGUGCAAGUGACCUAGACCAGUGAAUCCCAACUGGUGCAGCCACAGGGUCCAGAUUUCUCCUUAGUUAAGAGUUCAAGGCCCACAGAGGUUAAUAUACUCAGCGUCAUAGUUGCAUUUGGCCAUGUUGUCGAGCUAGUUUGCUGACUCUUUCAAGCACCUGUCCGAUAGUCACUCACUCUACAGCAGGAAACUGCACUUCAAAGUAAAAAGCUCUGUGUAAUUUGUACAAACUUAACACGUUUGUACGUCACUUGCGGUCCAUUCAGAAUGGACUUGUGACCCACUUCUGGAACGUGACCCACCAGUUGGGAACCACUGACACAGACAGUAACAAUAUCUGAACACAAGUACACCAGUUGUAGAUCCAUGAUAGACACAGGUGUGAAUGGCGACGUGUCUCAGCUGUCCAUUUGUGUUCAGAUCACUGACAAACACAUUAAUACCAGGUGUAAACAAGCUCAUGAAAAGAAGCGUAAAGGGCCUUUGAGGUCUUCAAGGAGGAGCCAACAUCCUAACAUAACAACAUGCAAACACCCUAUCAGCUGUCUCCAAUUCAUUGCUGUCUUACAGUGAACCUUGAAAAGUGUUAUUUUAAUAUUUAACACUAUUAAAGGAAAAAAUAAUGAUCAUUUGAGUUUAAUAAUGAGUGAUGACCAUAUUUUCCUGCUAGAAAGCUCUCUAGCAAAUUUCCUUAAGGGAAAAGAGGAUCACUGCAAACUUCCAUAGGAUGCACAUCCUGUUUGCUGAGCUGAAGGCUUCCCUCUGGCUUUCCUAGUUGAGCACUUGACUUUAACAGCAAUCUGCUCAAAGGACACUGUAAGUCUGGUAAUGUUCUGCGUUUCUUAUUGUCAGUAAUCCCAUGAAAAGCCGAAGUUUGACACAUCUUAUUCCUCUGUGCCAUAACCUCCAUCAUGUUUCAAUGUUUUCUGGUGCUGCCUCUCCAUUAACCUGUGCUGGUUGGAGCUAAAUUAAAGGAUGGAAAAAAUACUGAGGGUUACAUUUGAGGUAUUAUAUUUAGGGAAAUUAACAUAGGUCUUUCAAGAUUUAGAGACAAAUAUAUUGUAUGUUGAGGGUUUUUUUAAUCUCUCCUUCAGAAGGCUGAAGACAGAGGCACCUACAAUUUAGGACUGGGUGGAUGUAAUACAUAUGUGACGGAAAAGUUGACUUAACUGAUUGAGCACGUAUCGCCGAGUAGAUCGGAGUUUGUAUAAGAGAACGUGUAAACUGAAGAAUCCCUUGGUUCAUUGGUACAGGGGAGCACAAGGACAGAGAUUUUUUUCAGGCAGUUUUAUCUAAUUUUUAUUUAUUUUAGUAUUUUUUGUUGUCUUUUUUUUCUCCUUUGUUUUCUUUUCUGUCCUUCCUAUUCUUCUCUCUAUUCCAAACUCAUCAAGAGGUCCACUUGGGUUCCCACUUGGGAAAAAAAGUAGAAGGAUGAAAGAGUUUUUAAUAUAAAUAUUUAUUUGACUUUUUUAAAGAUUGAUGUCUUGUUGAUCUUUUAAUCUGAAUUGUUGACAAUAACAAAAAAUAUAGAAUAUUACUAACCGUGAGAAGUAAAAUGUGCUCAAAGUGCAAAUUUAUGAAAAAGUGAAUCACUUAAUUAUGGGACACUUUUCAAUAAGUUACUUUACACUUCAAAAAGAAGCUUGUGUGUGUGAUUAAACAUGUGUAGCCCACAUGUGGCGCAGGCCUAAACCCUCAGAAAAUGAACAGGAACUAUAUCUGUAUCUAUAAUUUUAGUAAAACCAGUGCACUCUGCAGCUGUUUCAUUGUGAUUCAGGUGUUUAUAUUUUAGUGCAAUGGGCAUUAAUGUCACAGGAAAGAAAGAUUCAUGUGCUCCAGAUUUCCCAGCAGUGCAACAUUUUACUUUUCACGAGGUAAAAAGCAGCAGCAACAAAUGUUAAGCACUGAGAGGAAAGUGUUACUGUGUGUGUGACCUGCAUGAGAACAGAAGCUGUGAUGGCCCAGAGGAGCUCAGGUUUAAGCUAAACCAAAUAACUCAACUCUGAGGGCUGCUGUUUUGAGGGCAGGGUGAGGGGGCGGGGUUUAGACUCUCUGCAUCACGUCAUUCAACACAAAAACACGGGAUAACCCCAAACAACCACGUGCGCGGUAGGAAAA